AUGAACAGAAGCUCAUUUACAAGGUCAAGGAGAACAGGUGUAGAUUAUGGCACUACUCCCAAAAGUGCAAAUAUAGAAGUUGGAAAAUUUAAUUCCCUUGGUAAUAAAGAUAACUCUUCAAGAAAGAAAAUGACUAGCAAAUUGAUAGAAAAAACCAUAGAAACAAAAGUGUACAAACAACAAAUAGAUAUGGAAGCAGAAACAGAUACUAGAAGUUCUGAAAUUCAAAAAAAACCAGGAUAUAGCAAAUAUGCUGAGAAAUCUGUUAUUGGUAAAAAAUCAAAUGAAGAAGAGGAUAAUAAGUCUAUUGCAUCUUAUAACUCAGAAGAUGAUUAUCAAUCAACUUGGAAAAAGAUACUUG